UCAGAACAGUCGAGAUGCAUAAUCUAGUAAACACACUUGUUCGUCGAGGGUUUAGCUCUGUGGUGCCUAAAUUUGAAGAGAUUAAAAUCCCAGUACCUUGGGGUCACAUAGCAGCAAAAUGGUGGGGACCUCAGGACAAACAGCCAGUUUUGGCCAUUCACGGUUGGCAAGAAAACUGCAACUCCUUCGACCCUUUGAUGAAGAUUCUGCCAGCAGAUUUGAGCGUUCUGGCAAUUGACAUGCCAGGCAAUGGAUUCUCUUCAAGAUAUCCUUCUCACGGAAAUUUCCAUGUACUGGAAGACGUUCUUGCCCUCCGAACACUCACCCAACACUUCGCCUUCAAAGAUCCCUUCAAGUUCCUUCUGCACUCGUACUCGAUCGGUGCUGGAUUUAUUUACGCCUCAAAUUACCCAAAAGAUGUGGACAGGAUGCUGGCGAUUGAUUUCAUAAAACCUAUGAGUGUGGAUGGCAAACUUCUAACCAAUGCAGGAGGGCAGUUUUUGGACAAAUUGGUGGACAUUGAGAUGAAGAUUGAAAAGGUCAAAGAAGCUACCCUUGAGAAGCAUGCAGAGAUGUACAGUAAGGCCGUGAUGAACAGCAUCUCCGUUGAAAAGUCAAAGUUGCUGAUGGAACGCAGCACAGCUCUCAAUCCCGAAACUGGAUUUUACUACAUCACUCGAGAUCCGAGAAUCAAAAUAAACUUCUACUUUAGCUUUCCAAAUGAAUUUUUCGUUGAAAUGGCCAAGAACAUCAGAUGUAAGAUUUUUUACAUUCACGCGAAGAAAGGAUUGGUUUUCGAGCACCCGAAAGUCAUCAAGGCUGUACAGGUGGAAAUUGAGAAGGCGACGGACGUUGAGUAUGCGGAAGUUGACGGAACGCACCACGUGCACAUGGAAAAACCAGAACUAGUCAAACCUUUUGUACUUGACUUUUUAUUUGGAAGGAAGUGUUAAAAAUUGCUAGCAUAAUUAAAAAUUUGAAAUUUUUGUCAUCUGGACUCUAAAAAAGUAAUUUUUUCUUAAAUAAAUACAAAUUAUUUGUAUUUAAUUCUGAAACAUGAUUGUAAAUAAAUACACCUUUAUUAAAAAAAAAAAAAAAAAUACCUGACGCAUUUAUAACUAAAUUAAUGUGAACUUAAAUUUCCAAAUUUAAAUUAGUUCAGCUAAAUUAUCACAAAAAAUGUGUUUUUUCUUUCUUAUAUUUAUUGAAAUUGUUUGUAAAUCAAUAUUUCUUUAUAAUUUCCACAACAAAAAUCUGUCAAAAAUCAUUUUAAAAAAAUGUAUAAUUUCACCAGUGUAUUAAAUUGGAGUUGAAGAAAAAUUUUCUUAAAAUUUACAUUUUGAGCAAAAUCUCCAACAAUUGUUUGAUUUUCCCAAGCAAAACAUUAUUGUUCGCGGAUGGGCGAGGAAUAAUAAUAUAACUUGGCCUCUCUCGCAUGCAUAAAAAGCAGUUCUCAGCAUAUACGGACAUGAAUGUGUGUGUACAUUGGAGCGCGCGCACACAUUCUCCUCCUCUGCAAUUUAUUCUAAACGUCUCAAUUCAUCAGCGGCAGCAGCGUGAUCUGCAAACAGCCGAGCGAUGAAUAUGAAAAGGGUUGCGAGCCCAUUUGAUUGCGGGCUGCUGACAUUACAACAAUGAGAGCGAGCCAAAAUAUAUCACCAGCCGCAUAA